AUGGUCUCAUUCUGGCAAAAGAAGGACGAGCCCGACAGGCCUGGAUCGUCUCGCGCUCGAGACGAAGGGCAUGACAAUGGACACCCAUCUGAUCACGAAGAGCCGACUGAGCGCUCCAGGUUGCUUCCCCAGAAUAAUGAUCAAGGAUAUUUGAGUCCCGAUGAUCCGGCUGUCUCCCCUUAUAAUCUAUGGAGUGUACGAGCGUUGCGAGCCCUUUCUCUUAUUGCACUCGCUGCGAGCUUUGUGUGGUGGACGUUCCUCUUGGUAUCGAUAUUUGUUAGUCCACCACUAAUGCAAUCGCGGGGGUCUGGAUUCUUCUCUUUUUCCUACAUCACAUUGACAAUCGGAUACCUUGUACUCGGUCUUCUAUUCUUCGUCGUUCCGUCGAAGCCAAUGACGGUCUGUGGGAUCAUUCUCGCCAUUCUUCUGUUGGUUGAUAUGUCUAUUAUCGUCGGUAUCCCACAGAUCCGCUUUGAAGAAGGUUGGGUUGGCAUCGCAUCCGUCGUCUGGGCACUUAUCAUCUCCGUCUACCAGAUUCUUCAGAAUCAAGUUGUGACACGGGGUAAACGGGAGGAAGAGGAGCGACUGACUGGUCGUGAAGAGACUCGCCGCUCUCUUCGAGAAUGGCUGGCCGUUCUGAUCGAGAUAGUUGUUCUGGGUGUGAUGGCAUUUGCGACGCUUUUGUUCACGGCAACGCUGAUCCUGCGUGCUCGGGAUGCCUCACUUGAGCCUAUUGGGAAACGAUACUCCGUUCACGGCGACACAUAUCGGAUCCAUUUAGCUUGCGUUGGGAAUCGCACCGAGGAUCCUAAUGAGCCGACUAUUCUUGUUGAAGGUGACUACGGCCCUGUUGAACAUACCUUGCAACCAUUCAUCGACGAUGCAUAUCAAUACGGUGCUAUCAGCAGAUACUGCUACUGGGACCGACCUGGAUUCGGAUGGUCAGAUAAUGCACCCUCGCCACAUUCAGCAGGGAUGUCUGCAGACGUUCUAUCCGAAGCGUUAGCCCUGGCCGGCGAAUCAGGACCUUGGAUCGUCGUCUCUGCUGGUGUUGGCAGUCUUUACUCUCGACUUUUUGCUAGCCGCCAUUUACUAGAAGUCAGCGGCAUCUUCCUCAUCGACCCGCUCCACGAGGCAUAUCUCGCCGACAUCGGUCAGCCCAAUCGAGGGUUCAUGUUAUGGCUACGCGGUAUUGUUUCACCCCUGGGACUGGAUCGUCUAGCAGGUGCUCUCUUCCGAGGUCGUACCCGGGAAGACCGAGUCAUCGGACGAUCGGCCUAUCAAACUGGGAAAUUCAUUAAGGCCAAGCUACAGGAGAAUCUCGUGGCAGUUACCAUGACUUCGGCUGAAGUUCAGUCUGCUCGGCAUAUACAGAUGGGUGCGACUCCGUUGGUCGUUAUCAGUUCAGGUCGUGAGAUGCGAGCAGACCCCGAGUGGGCGAAGAGACAGGAGGAUCUUUCGCAUAUCACGAACAAGUUACUUUCCUGGGACGUUGUUCACGAUGCGCCACACGAGGUGUGGACUGAUGGGGAAGGAAGACAAGUUCUGGAAAGUCGGCUGAAGGAUAUUGUACGGGCAAGUCGCGAAAUCAAGUCGUAG